AUGCGCGGAAUACUCCCAGGACGGCCGCAGGCUAAGCUGCAAGCCGUCGCCCAAGGCCUAUGGGAGGGCGUACAGAUCAUUGCCUACAUCUCUGGCAACGCGCUGGUAGUCCUUGAUCGUCCCAACCACGUCCUCCAAACCAUCUAUAUUGACGAGGAGUCUGAACUCGAGGCUGUCGCGUUGGACGAAGCCACAGGCAAGCUUGCAGCUUGUUCAACAAACCAUAUCUACAUAUACCGGCCAUAUGGGCAAGAUGAAGGCGCGAUCAAGUGGUCGCUGCAGGGCAGCAUGGCUCUCACGGACCCGGACGACACCAUAACGACAUUGUCAUGGGGCAUGCCAGACGAAUUGCUGGCUGGCAGUGCCUCGCUGACCUUCUUCAAUACCCACGACGUUACCGAACAGAUCUGGGAGAGGCAACUCGCCAACCCCGUCAAGUUUGCCCACUUCUCGCCCGACGCAGAGUUGAUAGCAUCGACUGGCCAAUACGACAGGCUGCUGAAGAUUUGGCGACGCACAUCGUUUGGCUCGGCGGACCAGAGCUUCGCAUACUUCUAUCUGGCUCACCCCAAGACCAUCACCGGGCUGCACUGGCGACACCCUCUCCACAAGGAUCAACCAGCGGAUAAUGUACUGUACACCAUCUGCGCAGAUCACAAGGCGCGCGUCUGGGUCCCAGGCGAGCAUCAUGGGGUGCAUGGUAUGCACAUGUGGGCUGAGGUUGACCUUAUGGAAUCCAUCAUGACACGACAUGUACCCCUGGAUCAGCAGUCGUACAAGCGGUUCGCAUUCUUCAUCGAUAGCAGGCACUUUACGCGUGCCACAGAAAGAGCUAUGGAACAAGCAUCGCCAGAGGAAAAGGAUCAUGGCAUUGCGCUGCAUCAUCUCAUUGAGGUCGCGCACCGAAGUCCCGAGAUUUGCGUCGUAUUGGACGACCGAGGCAACAUGUCUGCGUGGGGCUUUGAAAAUAUAGGCGCGACGGGCAAGAAGAUUACAGAUGUCUUCAACAUUGCUCAUGUCGAUGGGCUGCAUCUGCACUUCGCAAAGGAACCGAAGGCUCUCGAAGACAAUGUGCAAUUCUACGCUUUCAUUGAUGAUAAGCCAGGCAACGACUUUACCAUCCUGUCACACCAUUUCGACGGGCGCAUCGAAUGGCUGGAAUCACGCAUCGACUAUCUCUUCGAUCCGUCGCCGCAACCUCAGCGCAUCCAGCGCAAGGCCAUGUGGACAGGCCACUCACACGCUAUCAAGAAAGUCAAUCGAACACCCAGUGGUCGUGCGCUCGUAUCAAGAACUGUCACAGACGAAUGCAUUGUGUGGUUGCAACGACCUAGUGAUCAGGGCAUGACACUGCAUCGACACAGUAGCGUCAAAGUCACCGAACACAUACAUCGAACAGCGUUGCUCCAAGAAGGCAACUUUCUUGUCUUUCUACAUCACAAUGAGAUUUCUCUCUGGGACACACGAGGGUACGAAGCCCAGGAAGUGACACGCUGUGCUUAUAAGCUUCAGGGCAAACCGCUUUGCUUGAUAGUCGUUCCUGAGACCCAGGCUGGUGGCAGAAGCCUUCAUAUCGCUACCAUUAGCUCGGACAUGAAGGGGAUAUGUUGGGAAAUUACACUGCCACCGCUAGAUCGAGAUCCUAUCACUGGUCGCAAGCUUUCUAGUAUAGCAACGACCAAUGGACACACGAAUGGCCAUACACAAGCUUCCCUAACACAGCAUUCCAUGUUCGAUCUCGGUUCAGGUGACGAUCUUGCUUUUGUCUUACCUGUUGACCCAGCAGGUUCGGCUCCGGCCAUCUCAGGCUUCCUCGACACAUUCGCACGUGAUGUCGCGAUAUCAUACACCAAGUCCGGAGUCAUUAAAUCAUGGACAGCCAGGGUCAACGCAGAGGAGCAGAGGCUGGAGUGGCUCAUGACAUCUGAAGUGGAAACUAGCAUUCGCGAGCCAUCGCUUGCUAGUGGCACCUCAAUACGAAAGGCUGCUCUAGUCGACGCUGACAGAACAACGCUCACUAUCUGGAACACUAGGAGUGCUCAGCUAGAGUAUGAGGAGACAUUCGAAGGCAAUGGGGUUAUACAAGACCUAGAUUGGUCAUCAACGCCUGAUAAUCAGAGUAUUCUCGCAGUCGGCUUUCCACAUCGAAUCGCUAUUUACGCGCAGCUGCGGUAUGACUACCUCAAUGCUGGCCCAUCGUGGGUGCAAAUCCGAGAUAUACGCAUCCGGGACAUCACACCACAUCCAAUCGGCGAUUCCGUGUGGUUGGGUAGUGGCAACCUUGUGAUAGGUGCGGGCAACCAGCUUUUUAUACAAGAUGAAUAUGUCCAGGUAUCUGAAGCCAUGUUUCCAAGCUUGCGGACGAUUGCGCGCAAAACGGCAUCGAUCGACAUAUUUACCGCUGUCAGUCGUCUCAAUGGCCCUCUGCCAGUAUAUCAUCCACAAUUACUGUCGCAAUGUGUGUUGGCUGGCAAAUUGCUGCUGGUGCAGAGGAUCUUGAUUCGCCUGUACCAGAAGCUCAAGUUCUGGAUCGAGGGCGAGGAGCUUGAUAGUUCUCUGGGUUUUCUGCCGGAGGAAUUUUGCGAGGACGAGACACACAUGACUGCUCUCAGAAAGGAGACACAUAGCUCCUAUGUCGAUUUCUCCGAGGACAAUGAGCCCGAGGCGGUGACCGAGGAAGUGGCUGCUAAUCUCAAGGACCUUCUCACCACCAAGCAGAUACCACUGCUAUCAAGUCGCGAGCAAUUCCACUUGGCUGACGUUGUCGAAUGUAUUGGAACGGUAGAGAAGCAUCGCCGUUCCAUUGAUAAUAAUGCGGGUCGCUUCCUUUUAUUCUUCCGCCAGCACGUUCUCAGCAAUGCACACAAAGGGCCAAUCUCCUGGCGAGAAAUUAUCUGGGCCUUCCACUCCAGCAGCCAAGAUAUCCUUGUAGACCUUGUCAGCCGGCACUUCAACGGCAAGAUGUUAUGGCAACAUGCGAAAGAAUGCGGAGUCUUCAUGUGGCUGAAUGAUAUCAACGCCUUGCGCUCCCAAUUCGAAGUGAUAGCCCGCAAUGAAUACACUAAGACUGAGGAGAAGAACCCUGUAGACUGCGCUCUUUAUUACCUUGCACUCCGCAAGAAACCCGUCCUUGUAGGCCUCUGGCGCAUAGCCACUUGGUCCCGCGAACAAGGCGCCACUCACCGUCUUCUCAGCAACAACUUCAACGAGGAGCGUUGGAAGACGGCUGCACUCAAGAACGCAUACGCACUCAUGGGACGCCGGAGAUUCGAGUACGCAGCGUCGUUCUUCCUACUCGCAGACCAUCUUCAAGACGCCGUCAGCGUGUUGCACAACCAGCUCGGCGACACUCAACUCGCCAUUGCCGUUGCGCGUGUAUACGGCGGAGAUGACUCCCCUGUCCUCUUGAACUUCCUGAGAGAUAAGAUCCUCCCACAAGCCGCGAGGGAAGGAAAUCGCUGGCUCGCGACCUGGGCCUAUUGGCUUCUUAACCGCCGGGACACAGCAGUCCAAGCACUGAUCACGCCACUCCAUCGCCUUAUUAAUCUCCCCGAAACGCCGAAUCUCAAAGCAAAGAGCUAUCUCAGCGAUGAUCCAGCGCUCGUUGUCUUGUACAAACAACUCCGGGACAAGAGCCUACAGACGCUGAGAGGUGCAAUGGGUAUCUUGGGCCGAGAAGAAUGGGAUUUCGUCAUGCAUACUUGUGCGCUGUAUGGCCGUAUGGGGUGCGACGUACUCGCUCUUGAUCUCGUGAGGAGGUGGGAAUUUCUUCUCCCGCCUCCUUUACCUUCUUCUGCCACAAAGAAAAGGGACGAUGGUGGGAUACCAGCGAAGCAAGUGGGCUUUGACCCAAGGAAGUUGUUGCGCAGACGGAGUAGUCUUGUUGUUGCAGAUUUGCCGGUCAGAGAUCAGGGCCGGGUUGGGAUUGGGAUUGGGAAUGGGAUCGGGGAUGGGGUGGAUGAGCGUGGGGAGGAGGGGUCAGAGACUGAUGACGAUGAGGAGGGUGGCGAGGAUGGCGAGGUGGAGGAGAGGGUCAAGCAAGAGCCGAAGAAGAAACCCCCGCCCACGCAGUUCAAGGAACCGGAUGCGAAUAGCUUGUUAGAUGCUUUUGGGUUCUAA